AUGGAACCUUUAUCGGAGCUUAUUGGCUUUGAGAAAGCGCCUCCGAUCGAGAAUUCUACUAUGCCAGUUGCUGAUAUUCCAUGGAGCCCUCCACCUAUUGAUCCAUUGCCAGAACUUGGGGUUACUGAGAGAGCAAAGUUGAUCGACAGUCUGAGAAAGAAGGCAAAGGAAAGGAAAACAAAGCCGAGGAUUAUCGUGGGGCUGCCUGAGACACAAGGGAAGCGAAAGUUCAGUGCCAAAACAGCUUGUCUUGAGCGCGACGAUUUCAGUUGUGUGACCACCAAUUUCCCCCAGGUAGAUGUGGCUCACAUCUACCCGCUAUCCCUGAUGAAAAGUCAAUCAUCGGGAAACAACAAAUGCACUGACACGUACGACGACUUCUGGAAAACGCUGCACAUGUUCUGGCGCAAAGACCAAGUCGAUAAAUGGGAAGCCCGGUUGACGGGCCCAUGUGGCACAGAGCUUUGCGAGAAUUUGCUUUCCUUGUGCCCCAACGCCCACAGGCUUUGGGGGGCUUUUUACUUUGUCCUCCAGCCGCUCCAUCUGCGCGACGACGGUAAGGAGUUAAUCAUACGUUUCUACUGGCUGCCUGAGGUCACGCGAGAUAAGGUUCAGGUCCAGGACAAACCGAGUAUUUCGCUUCAUCCCCCCGCAGAAUUACUCAAUCUUCGUGUUGAGAACACUGAUGGAUCCGUGCAUAAGAUGAAUUCUGGUGAUCUGGUCAUUUUCCAAACCAAAGAUCCAGAAAGUCUGCCAUUGCCAUCAUGGAAUCUCCUCCAAAUGCAAUGGAUUCUCCAUAGGAUCGGUGCCCUCAGUGGAGCAGCCAACGUCCCUAUGAAGACGUGGGAUUGCGAUAGUGAGGAUGAGGGUUCCAACAUGGGGUUGGAAGAUGUUUUCGAGCCUUACUAA